UACGUCAUUACUACGCGACCGAGUGAGUAAACAAGCCGAGUGCGUGAGCGACAGGAUACGCACAUAUACAGGCCAAGAAAGCAACAAAACAUUGGCGGAUUUUCUUAGGGUUUUUUUUGUAAUCCAAAAAGUCCAAGCCGAACAUGUUCGGUUCUUCGAGAGCCGGAGGGGUUCGAGGAGGCCAGGACCAGUUCAACUGGGAUGACGUUAAGGUGGACAAACACCGAGAGAAUUAUCUGGGAAAUUCUCUCAUGGCUCCAGUUGGUCGAUGGCAAAAAGGCAAAGAUCUGACAUGGUACGCUAAAGACAAAACUGGCCGCGCCCGAACUAAAGAGGAGGAGCUCGCUGCUGUAAAGGCUGCAGAACAUGACGCAUUGAUGGCUGCGUUAGGUCAUAAGGUCAUAAAGAGACAACCCACUGGCCUGACAAAAGAGGACUUGGCAGAUAUGUGUAGAAGAGAAGACGAUGAUGGUGAAGAAAAAAAUGUAGAUCGGCUCUCGGGAUUGGGAAGCUCCAGGGCCGGCUCGCGCAAAAUGGUCCUCACCCAAAAGGAAAAGGAGGCUGUUAAAAUGGGCCUUCCAGUUUUUACGCACCACAAGACUGCAAAUCAUCCAGAAACUUCAACUGCAAAGACAUCAGAGAGUGCAGAAAAAGAAGAGGUAGAGCAAUGUUUUAGUCAGGAGACCAAGAAGAAAAAGAAAGAAAAGAAGAGCAAAAAGGAGAAAAAGAAGAAGAAGAAAAAGAAGAGGCAGAGAAGCGACUCUUCCUCGGAUUCAGAUGACGACAGAAAGAGGCCCCGAAAGGACCACCACCAUCCUAAUCCAUCAUACCGCAGUCAGAGUGGAGCCAGACCCCAUGACAGCCAUUCAAGGGGGGGACCGAAGGCACAGCAACAGCCCCCACGCCCUCAUCAUCGACAGCAGCGCCACGACACAGACACCUCCGACGGGGGGUCCCCUGUCCCCCGUAACCCCUCGGGCCACAAGACGGCCCCUAGCGGGGCCGCACAAAGCCACAGGCGACGCCACGACACAGACUCGGACAGCUAAUGUGCUUCUCCGUCACCCAGUCCCAACCCGCCCCUCCCACUCGCUCACUCAUAAAGACGCUCUUCAAAAGCUUGAGCGCUCCUGAAGACCUCAUUUACCUAAUGGAGGUUUUGAGGGCCAUUUUUGUUGAUUUGCCAUUUAUUACCACUUCUUUGUUUUUACCCUCAAUAACAACGAUUAAACCUUUUAUGUACCAUUCAGAAUUGGCCCAUUGUUUUAUUUGUUUUUUGUUUUGUUUUUUUGGACAUAUUACUAACUCCUAAUCAAGUCUUAUUACUUGAUACCUCAAAGGCAACAGUAGCCAUAGAACAGCAAAUGUAUCUUAGUGCAUACAUAAAAGACACAUUCCUUUGUUUAAUUCAUUGAUAGCAUAACUUAAAGUAAUUUUACAAGCAGACAUCCUUUAUGCUAACAAAAGCACUAUAAUUGCUGAUGACUAAUAUGAAAAUGUCCCGAGAGGGUGAGUAGUUUAACUGUAUUUUACUUUCAUUAUGCAGUUGUUGAGGUUAAUUUUUUUACUCUUUUUAUUAUGCAAAUGCUAACCUAAAUAGUGUUUAGUCAAACGUGUAGCAAGUCACUCAUAAUGACAAGCAUGAAAAUGACCAGAGAAAUUCGCCAACAAGCUCCAUUAUGUCAAGCCCCUAUCAAAGUUGAGCAGUUUUACUUGAUUGUACUUUUUAUUAACAUGUUUAGGAUAUUGCUGUACUGAUGUUAUUCAGCAGAUUGCUAAGCGAACUGUGCUGUACCUGGAAAUGCCUGGAGAAGCCGGCUAGCAAUCUUCAAUGUGCCAGGUUUCUUCUAGGGUGUGACGACUAGCAUGAAAAUUACUGGAGAAGCUCCCCAACAAUAUCCGCUGUAUCAGGCAUCUUCAAAGGGUGAGUAGUUUUACUUUACCUUUUUUUUUUUUUUUAAAUGGUUGAAAGUUUGUCUUAAUGUUACCGAGCAGAAGCUAACCUAAAUAACAUGCAGCUAACUAAGGUAUGGAAUCAAAAACAUCACCCUGCAGACGCUAACCGAAAUAGCAUGAGCUAAAAAGCAUGUACCGGUAGUCUAAAAUGAGAAGAACUUCUCUGCUAACCGUCUCUGUUAUCUCCCGUCGUUUCAUAGGGUGAGUAGUUGUGCUUCUUAUGUUUAUGGUAAAAAUGUUUUGAAAUGUUUUUUUUUUUUAAUGUACGGUGACGCUUUGAGCCUUGGGCAGGGGACUUCAGUUCACGGUUUUAUAUGGGGGGGGGGGUGUUUAAAAUGACGACUUGGAACUUGUCCUUCUCUAAUGCUACGAGAGACCAGUUAAUCCCUUGAAGGUUCACACCUCCGACUGGUUCACUGCCAUUGUAAUAGCUGCUCCGAUUAGAGCCUUGUGUUUGUAUGGGCCCUUAAUGAGGAGGGGCUGCACCUAUGGGGGUGCAUUAAAAAAAGAGCAAGGAAUUCAUAGAAAGAAAGAAAAAAACAGAUGCCCCCACUUUUUUUUAACGCAUUAGUGUGCCACACACAAACCAAGCUGAUGGAGCAGCAGGACAGGACGGUCCACACAAAGGCUCACUAUGAGCAGCCAUGGACUUGCCCUACCCACCCCUUUGCCACCGCCUCCAUUUUAUAGGCAUGGCUGCAUGAACCAUAGCAGCCUAAUCAACCUGCAAGAAUGCCCUUCUAGAUUCCCUCCCUAGCCUACGCAGCGUGCAUGCGGCAGGUCACUCACUGCUUCAGGCCAAACAUUUAAGUGUUCUCCUACAGCCAUAGGCAGCACAUUGCUCUCCCACUGGGUCACCUAAUGAGUGCAGUUAUGACACCCCCUUUUGUCAAUCGAAGAUGGAAGUGUCACACAACCAGAAAGUACAUUUAAAUAAUUACCCCCUUCAUUUGGUGGGCUUCAGGACAACUGGGAAAUGUCCUUAAGUAGGCCAGCCAGAGACCAGAAUUGAAUCUGAUUGAACAUCCCCUGAAAGGUCUGAAAUUGGCUCUCGACAAAUUCUUGCCAUCCGCCCUGAUGGAGCUCGAGAGGUGCUGCAAAAGGGAAUGGUCAAAACUGUCCCAAGAUCGGUGUUGCAAGCCUGUAUUGUGGCAUCAUAUCCAAAAAGACCUGCGGCAUUAAUUGUUGCUGAAAGGAGCACUUACAACGCAUAACUUUUCUUUGUUUUUUUUGUAUUCACUGUGGGUCUGUGGCACUAGGCUGGCUCUCUCAGGUCAGUUUUGGCUGUGACUUUGGUGUGCUUCAUCUCCAGUACGUCGCAUGAACACAACCCCAGGAAGCAUACACUUCCUUUUUCGUCAAGUGUGGGGUCACACACAUUUGAAAUAUGAAUUUGUUUAUCCCUCUUGAGGCAAAUGAUUUAGUAUUUUAAAAAAUGCAUUAAUGGUUAAUUUUGUAACAUUGAACCACUUUUAUUGCAGAGUCGAGUAUAAAGAAAAAAUCAAUUGCAGGUACAUUGAAUCCAUUUAACUUUUAUUAAAGUGCGUCUUAACUCGCAAUACCCAUAGAUUAAUUCAAACAUUUCAAUAAUUAGAAAUCACAAAAACACACCCACCCCAUCUAUAUUCAGAACAGUGCAGUAACAUUGAGGAAAAAACAGGAGGCAACACUUUGAUAGAUGAAGGCAUGAUAUAGGUUUCUGUUUGUACCAAACGUGAACCAUGUGCAGCAGAAGAAAUAUUCUUUAUUCUUUAUUGCUGUUCAAAAGCCUUGCCUCUUUCCAAAAGGCAUCGAGUACAGCCACGACGUUGUACCGUCACAAGGCGGGCCUAACGUGUGAUAAGUUGUGCAUCGUUUUUAAGUUAGUGUAUGCUCUUUAAGGCAAACGUGGACCUGAGACAGACAAAAUAGAAAAAGAAAAUGCCCUUCCAACAAGAUAUGUUGCAUGUAACAUUCCAGUGUUUACCAAAUGGGAGGUGGCCUGGAUCUUGUUAUUCUGGCACAUUGUCGCAAGUGCAUCUUUUUUUUUUUUUUUGCCAACUGGUCAUAUGGUUGCUGGGCAAAGUUGAUUCCACACUUCCCUCAUUUAUCACCCAUCCGAAAGGCAAACAAUCAGACCAGAAAAAUUCAAGUAAAGUUGGCCCAUUACCAAAAUCUAUUACAUAAAAUACAAACACGUCAGCUUUGGCCAAUCGAGGUAAUCGUCCAGUGUAUCUGCGGUAACGACAGCUCAGUAAAGGCAGAAUGUAAAAAGGUAUGAGGUGAGCGUUAGUGGUUUUUCAGCCUGUUGGACAACCAAUCGAGUCCCUCGUAGAGGCCUUCCCCAUUUGUGGCGCAGGUAGCCUGGAUGUACCAUUGUCUGUCGCGCAGGGAGUGAAGACCCAGCUUGUCUGUGAUUUCAGAUGCAGUCAUGGCAUUGGGCAGGUCCU